AUGACAGAUUGCUUUGUCUUGCACGAGGAGCUUUUAAAGCUGCAGGAUGCGAACUAUUUUUUUCCAAAUGAAAUAUUGGUAGCAGAAUUAAGCACUAUUGAACUUGACAGGCUAUUAAAUGAUACGACCGAUAAGAUAACCGAAAAUUCCUCGGCCAUAACAAAUGCAGAAUUGUUCGAUGUCUUGCGAAGUUUUGUAAAGAAAUACAACUUGUUAGAAUCCACGACAAUGAAUCGAGUACUUGACAUCAUUAUAUCUGGCUUUCGAAGUGAAUACGAAGCCACAUCUAAUGAUCUGGAAGCCGAUGAAGAAGAUACUUAUGGGGAUCAUCGAAUUGCAAUGGAAAUGUAUGGGUUUUUGUUGGGAUGGCUAAUAUCCAACGCUGAAGAUAAGGCGGCGUCUAAAAGUGGAGUUGCAUCCGGAGUUGACGGAGCUACUAGUGGAAAGACCAAACGUUCUAGACAAGCCAAAUCAAAGAACGCAACCAUCACGACAGUCAAUCUUACAGAAGAGUGGGAUUGGUCAGCUCAAAAGUUGGCUGCGUUGGAUUUAAUGCUGGAGGUGUUGGAACUUAGAAUAAACAAGAUUUGGACGUCAACGCAUGAAAGAGAUACAUUUGUUAGCUUGUUUACCAAAUCAGCAUACUUGAUGCUCGAAAACGUUACAAACACCAAAAAUAAUGACAUUAAGACACGCGUUUUUAAAAUCCUUUCAAUAUGUGUAAAGGAUUAUAAUCAUGCGUUCGGGGCGCAAACAUCUAUUAUUCAGGAAGUGCAAUAUUAUGAACAUCUUUCUGAGCCUAUGGCUGAAUUUCUUCACGUCCUUUCUUCGCAAUACGAUCAUACGCAAUUAGCAGAGGAAAUAUUAAUAGAAAUAAACAACAAGGAGUUUGGUGAUAAAGAUGUGAUUGGACCAAAAAAUUUUUCGAAAUUUCUGGUAAAGCUAUCAGAAUUAGCACCCAAAGUGGUGAUCAAGCAAGUUGGACUCUUGGUCGGGCAUUUUAACAAUGAGCCUUAUACUAUGCGAUGCGGUUUGAUAGAAGUUCUCGGAAACCUAAUUAUUGAUUUGGCAAACCAAGAGGAGCAGGCUACCAACCAUAUUACUCAAGUGAAUGGCUUUUUUGAUUUACUAGAAGAGCGAUUUCUUGACGUGAACUCAUACUGUCGUUCGAAGUUACUACAAGUUUAUUUAAAGAUAUGCGAUUUAAAAGCAAAAUUUCCAAAGCGUCGUCAAAGGCUUACGGACCUAGUUGUUCGAAGUUUGGAGGAUAAGGCUAGUCAAGUGCGAAAAUAUGCAAUCAAGUUACUAACGAAAUUGAUAUCGACGCAUCCGUAUGGUUUAAUACAUGGAGGAGAAUUAUCGGCCGGAGAAUGGGAGGAACGGUUAAAAAAUGUUGAAGAGGAACUAAAGGCGUUACAACCUCCGCAAGAGAUCGUUGAUAUGGGAGCCGGGAGAGAAGCCUCUACUGAGUUAGAGGAUCGGAGUGAUAUACAGGAUAUGGAUAUCGACAUACUUCAGUUCACCCGACGUUAUUAUACUGAUGCCGUUCGUUUUAUUCACCAAAUACACACUGCUAUCCCGACGCUCUGUCAGCUUCUUGUUUCUACAACAAAAUCAGAGGUUUUGGAGGCUAUUGAUUUUUUCGUCACGGCCUACACAUAUAAGAUGGAAUUUGCCGGAGAAGGACUAAAGAAAAUGUUACACUUGAUUUGGACUAAAGAUAAUAAUGAUGAAGGAAAGGGCAUUCGGAAACGAUUGAUCGAAAGCUAUCGUAAACUGUAUUUCGAUUUUGAUAUUUCAAUAUCCGAUAAAGAGAAUGUAUACAUCAUAACGAGGAAUUUAAUAAGCUUGACGUUUAAUGCGACUCUAGCCGAAUUAACGUCUUUAGAACAACUUCUGAGUACGAUCAUGAAUGAGGGAGAUAUCAGUGAUGAAGUUAUCGCGAAGUUGUGGUCGGUUUAUUCCGUAUCCAAAAAGGAGAUUCCGAAAGCUCAACGCCGCGGUGCUAUUAUUGUUUUAAGCAUGCUUGCGAAAGCAAAAAUGGAGAUUGUCCAGGAAAAGAUUGAUCUAUUGCUAAAAAUUGGACUAGGGUCUUUCGGCAAAGCCGAUUUUUCUCUUGCUAAAUACACUUGCAUCGCGUUGCAACGUCUUGGUGGAAGUAAGACUAAAGUAAAAGGUUCGUUGACCAAUGAUUCGAUUCGGUUGCCCAUGUCCCAUCAAAUCUUUCAUCGAUUGAAACAGAUGAUUGAAAUUCAAACAACUUCGCAAGAAUGGUUUGCUCUCGCUGAACAAGUUAUUAACACCAUAUAUUUGCUUGGCGAACAUCCUGACAUCUUAUGUGCUGAUAUAAUUAAGCGGAAAGCCGCACAUGUAUUCGACCUGAAAAUUCCUGAUGACAAUGUUAUGGAAAUAGACGACGAAACAAUUAAUACGAAUCAAGCGCCAUUCAUGAUGCAUCCGAUUCAAUUAAGUCAACUUGUUUUCAUAGUUGGGCAUGUGGCGAUCAAGCAUAUUGUUCAUUUAGAAAUUAUAGAAGCCGAAUGGAAACGACGUAAAGCUGCAGAUGAAUCUAAAGGCGAUGACGAAUUAGAACAAGUAGCGGGAACAACUGAAGACGAACUAGGUGAGGCCAUUGCUCAAAUUCGCGAAAGGGAAUUAUUGUUUGGCGAGAAUUCGUUGCUGGCAGUCUUCGGUCCAUUAAUCAGCAAUAUCUGUGCGAAUAACAAGACUUAUAAUCAUCACACAUUACAAAUAUCGGCAACUUUGGCGUUGGCGAAACUCAUGUGUGUUAGCUCCGAAUUCUGUGAGAACAAUCUUCAACUGUUAUUUACAAUUCUCGAAAGAUCGAAUGAACCAACCAUUCGCAGUAACAUCAUCAUUGCUCUGGGAGAUAUGACCGUCUGUUUUAACAAUAUAAUCGACGAGAAUAUCAAUUAUUUGUAUAAACGACUAUCCGAUUCAGAUAGUUUGGUCAAGAAAAAUACAUUAAUGGUAUUAACCCAUUUGAUCUUAAAUGGGAUGAUUAAGGUUAAAGGGCAAUUGGGAGAAAUGGCCAAAUGCUUGGAGGAUGAGGAUCAGAGAAUCAGCGACCUCGCUCGAUUAUUUUUCACGGAGCUGGCUUCCAAGGAUAAUGCUGUUUAUAAUAAUUUGCCUGAUAUCAUCAGUAAUCUUUCUAGCGGCGAUAAUCCAGUCAACGAAGAUUCUUUCAAGAAAAUCAUGAAGUUCUUAUUUGACUUUAUUGAAAAGGACAAACACACUGAAAAUGUUGUGGAGAAAUUGUGUCUGAGAUUCAAGAACCUAGACGAUCAAAGACAAUGGCGUAAUAUCGCUUAUUGCCUUUCGUUGCUUCCUUACAAAAAUGAGAAGAUCAUUAAAAAGUUAAUUGAAGGAAUGCCACACUAUCAAGACAAAUUACACGAGCAAGAAGUUUGCACAUUCUUCAACGAAAUUAUAUCCAAGGCGAAGUCUGUCAAACCCCAAAAGCCCGAGAUGAAACAGAUAAUUGACGAAUAUGAAGCUAAAAUCGAAGAACAUAGGGCGCGGGGUCAAGAUCACGAAGAAACAAUAAAAAAAGCAGCGGCUGCCACACAAAAGGGAAAAAAGAAAAGUAGUUCGACAACACAAUAA